GACGACACCCGCGCAGGCGAGAGAGACCGCGGGCCGCGCGCGCGGCUCGGGGCUGGGGCGCCCGAAGUGGGACUGGAGCGGAGUAGAGGAUGCCAAGGAGGAAACAGCAGGCACCCCGGCGGGCGGCAGGCUAUGCCCAGGAGGAACCCCUGAAAGAAGAGGAGGAAAUAAAAGAGGAGUCAGAGGAGGAGGCAGACAAUGGCUCCGGCACUCACCUUCAGGGCGGCAAUGACCCCGGGACAGAUGAGGAGCUGGACACCGGCCCGGAGCAGAAAGGCUGCUUCAGCUACCAGAACUCUCCGGGAAGCCACCUGUCCAACCAGGACGCCGAGAACGAGUCCCUGCUGAGCGAUGCCAGCGACCAGGUGUCCGAGGUCAAGAGCGUCUGCGGCAGGGAGGGUGCGGACAAGAAAGCGGCCGCGCCCCCCAAGCUGCCCCACGAGGCCCACAGCUGCAUGGACAAGAUGACCGCCGUCUACGCCAACAUCCUGUCAGAUUCCUACUGGUCGGGCCUGGGGCUGGGCUUCAAGCUGUCCAGCAGCGAGCGGCGCAACGGCGACCCCCGCCACGGCGGCAACAAGACUGACUUCGAUUGGCACCAGGACGCGCUGUCCAAGAGCCUCCAGCAGAACCUGCCCGCGCGCUCCGUGUCCAAGCCCAGCCUGUUCAGCUCGGUGCAGCUGUACCGGCAGAGCAGCAAGGUGUGCGGGACCGUGUUCACCGGGGCCAGCCGGUUCCGGUGUCGCCAGUGCAGCGCCGCCUACGACACCCUGGUGGAGCUGACCGUGCACAUGAACGAGACCGGCCACUACCAAGACGACAACCGCAAGAAGGACAAGCUGAGACCCACGAGCUACUCCAAGCCCCGGAAACGGGCUUUCCAGGAUAUGGACAAGGAGGAUGCGCAGAAGGUUCUGAAAUGUAUGUUCUGUGGCGACUCCUUCGAUUCCCUCCAAGAUUUGAGCGUCCACAUGAUCAAAACAAAGCAUUACCAAAAAGUGCCUUUGAAGGAGCCGGUCCCAACCAUUUCCUCGAAAAUGGUCACUCCCGCCAAGAAGCGGGUGCUGGACGUCCACCGGCCCUGCUCCCCCGACUCCACCACCGGCUCCUUCGCGGAUUCCUUUUCUUCUCAGAAGACUGCCAGCCUGCAGCUGUCCAAUAGCAACCGCUACGGCUACCAGAACGGCGCCAGCUACACCUGGCAGUUCGAGGCGUGCAAGUCCCAGAUCCUCAAGUGCAUGGAGUGCGGCAGCUCCCACGACACCCUGCAGCAGCUCACCACCCACAUGAUGGUCACCGGCCACUUCCUCAAGGUCACCAGCUCGGCCUCCAAGAAAGGGAAGCAGCUGGUGCUCGACCCGCUGGCGGUGGAGAAGAUGCAGUCGCUGUCCGAAGCCCCGAACAGCGACCCUCUGGCCCCCAAGCCCUCCAGCAACUCGGUGUCUGACUGCGCAGCCUCUACCACCGAGGCAAAGAAAGAGGGGAAGAGAGAGAGACCGGAGGAGACCAGCAGCAAGGACGAGAAAGUCCUGAAAAGCGAGGACUACGGAGACCCUCUCCAGAAGCCUUUAGACCCGACAAUAAAAUACCAGUAUCUGCGGGAGGAGGACCUGGAAGACGGCUCCAAAGGUGGCGGGGACAUUUUGAAGUCACUGGAAAAUACUGUCACCACCGCCAUCAACAAAGCCCAGAACGGGGCCCCCAGCUGGAGCGCCUACCCCAGCAUCCACGCCGCCUACCAGCUGUCCGAGGGCCCCAAGCCUUCUCUGCCCAUGGGAUCCCAGGUCCUGCAGAUUCGCCCUAAUCUCCCCAACAAGCUGAGGCCCAUUGCACCAAAGUGGAAGGUGCUGCCACUGGUGCCCAUGGCCACCAACCUGGCCCCCUACACCCAAGUGAAGAAGGAACCAGAGGACACAGAUGGAGUCGGGAAGGAGCGUGGGCAAGACAGUCCCCACGAUGAGGCAUCCUCGUUCAGCCACGGGGAGGGGGAGUCUUUCCCCCAAAGCGAAACCCCCUCAGAAUCCAAAAAGGCUGAGCCUUGUCCCCCGCAGGAGGACGACAAGCUGAUGAAGGAGGGCGGCGAGAAAGAGAAAUCCCAGACGUUGGAGCCGGCGUCUUCUCUGAGCAACGGAUGCGCCCUCGCCCACCAUGCCUCGGCCCUGCCCUGCAUCAACCCGCUCAGCGCCCUGCAGUCCGUCCUGAACAACCACCUGGGCAAAGCCACGGAACCCUUGCGCUCGCCUGCCUGCUCCAGCCCAAGCUCAAGCACAAUCUCUAUGUUCCACAAGUCCAAUCUUGGCGUCUUGGACAAGCCGGUCCUGAGUCCCGCCUCCACGAGACCAGCCAGUGUGUCCAGGCGCUACCUGUUUGAGAACAACGAUCAGCCCAUCGACCUGACCAAAUCCAAAAGCAAGAAAGCCGAGUCCUCGCAAGCACAAUCCUGUACGUCUCCGCCGCAGAAGCACGCGCUGUCAGACAUCGCAGACAUGGUCAAAGUGCUCCCCAAGGCCACCACCCCGAAGCCCGCCGCUUCCUCCAGGGUGCCUCCCAUGAAGCUGGAGAUGGAUGUCAGGCGCUUUGAGGAUGUCUCCAGCGAAGUCUCGACUUUGCAUAAAAGAAAAGGCCGGCAGUCCAACUGGAACCCUCAGCAUCUUCUGAUCUUGCAGGCUCAGUUUGCCUCCAGCCUCUUCCAGACAUCGGAGGGCAAAUACCUGCUGUCUGAUCUGGGCCCCCAAGAGCGAAUGCAGAUCUCAAAGUUUACGGGACUCUCCAUGACCACGAUCAGCCACUGGCUGGCAAACGUCAAGUACCAACUUAGGAAAACGGGCGGGACCAAAUUUCUGAAAAACAUGGACAAAGGACACCCGAUCUUUUAUUGCAGUGACUGUGCCUCCCAGUUUAGAACCCCUUCUACCUACAUCAGUCACUUAGAAUCUCACCUAGGUUUCCAAAUGAAGGACAUGACCCGCAUGGCAGUGGAACAGCAAAGCAAGGUGGAGCAGGAGAUUUCCCGGGUACCGUCGGCUCAGAGGUCUCCGGAAACAAUAGCUGGCGAAGAGGACACAGACUCUAAAUUCAAGUGUAAGUUGUGCUGUCGGACAUUUGUGAGCAAACAUGCAGUAAAACUCCACCUAAGCAAAACGCACAGCAAGUCACCCGAACACCAUUCACAGUUUGUAACAGACGUGGAUGAAGAAUAGCUCUGCAGGUAUGGGUUUGCUCCCAGGGGAUGUGUGAGGAGCCUCUGUAAAGGAGAUGGGUCUGUUUAGCGGCAGCCAGCAUCUCCCAAUGCCAGGUGGAGAGUAGCCUGCUGGGAUAGGAGUUGUUUUUAUGAAAGACUAGCAUGUGAUCUGUAAGUCCCAACGAGCCUCUCAGUUUCUCCCAUGUAGUGUUGGAGAAUAGACUAAAAAUGGGCUUAGAGAGAUGGGGUUCGCAGAUGACUGCUUCUUCCUAUGUGAGCCCCUGAAGUACCCAACUUUCAAGGUCCAGCCAAGGCUACACCUCAUUUUAAUGAUCAAGUACUAUCUUCUCUCACUGUCCCCUAGCACCCCCCUCUUCCCUAGCAAUGCUAAUGACGCCUAAAGUGAUAAAAAGGUGAGAGACAGAAGAAGAUUGUAGUUACUGGGGGCAGGCGCCUAAAGAGAUUUCUUAAUCCGCUCAUGAAUAGCUUCAAGCCGGUCUUCACUAUAAUUACUGUAAUCAGUGCUUUUGCGGCUUCCUUUCAGCAGUUGCUACCUUCCGCUCCCUUCCCUUUGUUUAUUCCCCCCAUUCGGGUUCCUAUGAAAAAGCAUCGGCCUGGUAGUUGGAUGGUAGAAAAAUAUUCUCUGCAGAAUAUGGAGAUGAACAGAGAGGAAACUUAUUCUUAUUUCAUCUAUGGGUUUUCCUUAGGCUAGACAGGUCUAUCACCUUUCACACGGACAGAUGCGGUGCACACCCGUGAGACUUGACCUUCCAUAAAGAAACAAAGGACUUUCAGCACACCCGUUGCCAAUGCACAUGGGGUCCACAGCUUCCAGAUCAUUUGCAUCACGGCAGUUCCGUGCCGUGCACAGUCUCUGCUGCCCAGGCUGUCACCUCCAGCAAAGAGAAUGUAGACCAAGGUCAAAUACCUUGACAGAUCAAGGCCGUUUUCAAACACUGCACAUAAGUAAGGCCGGAUCCUAACCAACCCCUUUCCUCUCCUGUUUGUCUCCUCUCCAGCAUGAGCUGUCCCCACCCCUUCCCCACACAAACAUUAGGAACCCUCAUACAUAUUCAGUCUGCCCUUCCCUCAGACCACACUCCAGGGUGGGCACUCCACUUGACUUCAACCUCUAACACUUGCCAGUCUAUGUCACGUCAUGCCAGGUUAUCAGGAAGCUCUUUGGAUUCCUUCGCAAUAUGAUAGGAACAACAAAUAAUAACUUACCAUGUAAGCCCUCGCCAUUGUCACUAAGUCAUCAAAGGCAAUUUCGGUAGCUACCUGUUUAAAUGAGAGACUUUCAGACCAAGCCACCAAGGAAUGAGCGCUAGCAGAGUUGGGGGUGGAGAAGGGUAUUGAUAGGGUGUGGUGAGGGAAGCCACUGAGCAUGAGAGGGUGAAGAGAGAGAAGGGGCUCAAAAAUGUGAGCUGGGACUGUUGCCUAAGUGAGAAGAUCUGGGAGCCUCUACUGGAGGGGGAGACACCCUAUAUCUCAGCCGGUUACCUGGGUUCAAAUGAAGACAAUUGUUUUGUUUGCAUGUUUUUAUCAUGAUAAUUAAAAUGUGUUACUGGCAGAUUCAUCUCUCGCUUUCCAAGCAUGAUUUGUUCAGCUCACACUGUUGAAAGAAAAGCCGAAGUGCAUCUAUUGAAUCUAUGCGCGAGCUUGGGCUCCAAGAUGUCCUAUUUAUUUGCUAUAGAACAUUUAAAUUUUAUGUAACUUGCUAUUAUACUUUUCUGCUACUUCAAAAAAAAAAAAAAAAGGGUGGAUAGAUACAUAAUUCUCAGAGAGAAGAGCUGUUUCAAAUCCCAUAGUGAUAGGUCCAAACCAUGGUGAAGAGGACAAAUAGGAAUGUUUAUUUGUGCUACAAUAAAGACCAAUUUUCCACCUGUUAGGUUUGUAAUCAUUUUUUGUUUAAUUAAUAUCACUGCCCAAACACUGGAAGAUAUAAAUAGAGGGGAGAAAAGUCAUUUCAGUUAAAACUUGAAACCUACAAACCUAUUCUGGAGAGCGAAAAAUAAACCAAUAAUUUAGGAAAACCUACGCAAAAAAAAAAAAAACACUUCCUCGUGUAUUGAAUACAGAGUUAGCAUGCUUUUUCAUAUCUCUACAUUUACAUAAAGUCAGUAUGUAUGAUCUGGACUUUUGAAACUCCCUAUUAGAAUGAUCACUACAUGAAACCAAAACACCCUUCUAAAGACACCGUGGUGCUGUGAUUCUCAGAGAUGAUGGCAGAAAAGACAGGUCCGAGGAUUUGAGACUCUUUCCAAGCAAUGGGAGUGUUGGGUCUGUGCGCCAGGGCAUCAGCCCGUCUGCAUAACUCUGUCUGGUGCUGGGUGGGCAUAUCUGUGUUAAUGCUAAAGCUCUUCCUGUCGGCCUGAAUGGGUUCUACAGCCGAGUGACAGUAGCUUUCAGAUGCCCAGGGCAGCUAGGAAGGGAUUCCUCCCGCACAGGGGCCUCUGGAGCACCAUCUAUGCGAUCCUGGCCCGCUGCUCCAAAUGCUGCCGGUGUGUGUUUAAAUUAGCACAGAAUGAGAUCUCGCUGUGAUCCGGUGAUGAGACUGUUGCUGGUUGGCGCGUGUGCUGGCACAGGUCGUGCAGAACGCCAGGAGGUUUUAGAAACGUGGUCAAGCUUUUGUGGAAGAUUUGAAAGCUUUCCCCGAUCCAUAUUCUCUGUAACUCAAAUUUACACCUGAUUUUUCUUUCCUUUCUUGGCUAUGUCUUAAAUCCUGCUCAGUGCUAUGCUAUAUUAAAUGCAGCUUUUAUUAAAAAAUAAGUAGAAAUUGUUCAAUGUGUAUCCCGAUGUUUGGAUGUCAGUUAUCUAAGGCAAUUUCAGUAGGUAUUGGGCUAUACCUUUAAAAACUACAAGCUCUUGAAUAAUAGAAAUUAAACAAAGAGCAAAGCAAUGAGUCUGAAAUGCACAAGAACGUGAAAUGAUAGUCAUUAUGGCGUAGUAUAGGAGAUACACGUUUAGCAGCACACCUAGUCUUGAAAUUGGAGGCGGGAGUGAAUUCUGGUGCCGCAGUUGUUGGGGUGAUUUGAUCAAAACACUGGUUGGGGGGACAGCAGGUAGGGUGGCCAAUAAAAUAAGGAGGUGCAGUUGUAGUACAAUUUCAGAUAAACAGCAAACAUUUUCAUUUUAAGCACAUCCCAAAUAGUGCAGAGGUCAUAUUUAUAAUAAAAAAUUCUUUAUCUGAGAUUCAGUAUUGUUCAUCUGAGAGUCAAAUUCAACGUUUUACGAUGAGGAACACUAAUCUGCAUCCCUGGCCAUAUUACAGGGAUUACAUGGCAGUCUGGGAAGAGCCGAGUGAGCAGCGCUAAUUAGUGUCUGUGGAGGCAUCAAUUAUUCCUCAUCCAAAGGAUAAAUAUUUCUCUUUUCCUUCCUCCCUCCGUCCUAUCCUCACUUCCUUCUUCUCUCCUUCCGUCCUGCCUCUGUGUUCCUUUCAUCCCUCACAAGCACGGCCUGUGCUCCCCGGCACCCCAGACUGAGUGAGCCCUGGAAAUACAGAGGAGGCAGCGCUCGGGGUGCUGCGGUGACCAAGUGCCGGGCCUGCGGACACACCGCGCACACGAGCUCACUUCACUCUCGCCAGCAGCCGAGGCGGUCAGCGUGGACUUGGCCGGGUUACAGGCGACAGUGGGGGUGAACAGGUGCCCAAGUGCCCACAAUCUCGGAGCCCCCCUGCAUUUCCACCAUCCAGAAGUCAGGGCUGUCUGCUCCCAGGGAGUAAACCUGAUGGUGACCAGGACAAGGUCAGCCUGCGAGGCAAGGGGCAGACAGGCAGACGGUCCUGGGGGGGAAGCUGAGUGAAUAUG